CCCCUCCACCCUCGGGCUGCCCAGCUGUUCUUGUCAGAUAAACACGUAUUCAUGUUUGACCACCAGAGACAGGCAAAAUUGGUUAUUUUUUAACAGCUAAACAGUACAACCAGCAGCCAUGGCCUCAGGUGGGGCCCCAGUGCCAGGGGCCACCCAUUGUGCCACCAAGGUGGAGCUGACCAUCUCCUGCGAGAACCUCAUGGACAUGGACAUCUUCUCUAAGUCUGACCCUCUGUGUGCCUUGUACAUCAACACUUCAGGCUCCCACUGGUAUGAGUUUGGACGCACAGAGAUGAUCCUGAACUGCCUGAAUCCAAAGUUCGCCAAGAAGUUUGUGAUCGAUUACUAUUUUGAGACGGUGCAGAGGCUGAAGUUUAGCGUGUAUGAUAUUGACAAUGACACCUAUGACCUGGGUGAUGAUGAUUUUCUGGGGGAGCUUGAAUGUACUCUGGGCCAGAUUGUUUCGAGCAGGCAGCUGACUCGCUCUUUGUUGCUGAAGGACAAGAGGCCUGCAGGUCAUGGGACCAUCACAAUAUGUGCUGAAGAGAUUACAGACAACAGAGUGGCAGACAUUGAGGUGUCAGCCCGCAGGCUGGACAAAAAGUUUUUGUGGUGGUCCGACCCUUUCCUGGAAUUCUACAAGCAAACAGAAACUGGAUGGCAGCUGGCUCACAGGACAGAGGUGGUAAACAGCAACUUAAACCCAAUAUGGAGACCCUUCCGCAUCUCAUUGCGGUCUCUCUGUGGAGGAGAUGUGGAGAGACCUAUAAAGGUUGACUGUUAUGACAACCAUGUCAGCGGCGCCCAUGACCUUAUUGGGAGCUUUAAAGCCACACUGGCUGAGAUGCAAAUGGGAACACACUUUUCUCCUGCUGAAUUUGAGUGCAUCACCCCAAAAAAGCUAAAGAAGAGAAACUAUAAAAACUCUGGAAUCAUUUACAUCAAUAACUGCCAGGUGGUGAAGGAGUAUACCUUCCUGGAUUAUAUCAUGGGUGGUUGUCAAAUCAACUUCACCAUUGCCAUUGACUUCACAGGCUCUAACGGGGAUCCCAGCUCUCCCCAGUCCCUCCACUACAUCAACCCUGAAGGCUAUAAUGAAUACCUGACAGCCAUCUGGGCGGUGGGUAAUGUCAUCCAGGACUAUGACAGUAACAAGAUGUUUCCUGUCUUUGGUUUUGGAGCCCAGCUUCCUCCCUCCUGGCAGGUUUCCCAUGAGUUUCCUAUCAAUUUCAAUCCAGCAAAUCCAUUCUGCGCAGGCAUAGAGGGUGUGGUGGCGGCCUACCAGCAGUGUCUACCCCGGUUGAAGCUCUGGGGCCCCACCAACUUCUCUCCGGUUAUCAACCAUGUAGCCUGCUUCGCCAGACAAGCUCUCCGUCAGAGCAUGGCCUCACAAUACUUUGUGCUGCUCAUCAUCACAGAUGGAGUGAUCACAGACAUGGACCAGACACGCACUGCUAUUGUGGAGGCCUCUCGUCUGCCCAUGUCUAUCAUUAUAGUGGGUGUGGGAGGGGCGGACUUCAGCGAAAUGGAGUUCCUAGACAGUGAUGACAAAUUGCUGUGUUCACCCAGGGGUGAUGUCGCCUCAAGAGACAUCGUCCAGUUUGUGCCCUUCAGAUAUUUUCAAGGGAACAGCGUGGCCCUUGCCCAGAGCGUCCUGGCGGAGCUGCCUGAUCAAGUGGCCUCCUUCUUCAAUUCCUACAAGCUGAAACCCCCGAAUAUACUCCGUGCUUCUGACCCGUAAUAGACAGUUGGGUUAAAGUAACCCAAAUACCACAUCCUCCCUACUUAUCUGCUUCUCCUGCACCCUCUUUCUGCAUAUCCUGUAUAGAAUGGCACAAAUGAAUGCCAUUAAAUGAAUGUGGGUAACAAAGACAAGCAUAUAUGAUUUGACUUGAUUUUAAAGUUCAUAGAAGUAGAUUUGUUGUGUCCAAGAGACACGACAGCUUGUAAAGUGCAUGUAACCCUGCAAAUGUAACGCUUGACAUGGUGGUAUCGCUUUGUUGAUUUCAUGUCAUUAUUUUUCUUUCUUUUCUGCUCUUCUCUGCUGUUACUUUGCACAACCUCUCUAUGCUGCAAUUCUUAGAGACACGUUUUGUGUCUUAAUCACCAGACUAUUUGAGAAAUAUAGUGUGUAGGGUGUUUUCUGUCUGUUUAAUUUAGUACAAAGUUUGAGCUUUUUGUCUGAUAUUGUGGAACAUGUUGACUUAUUUUGAGGGAAUGUGUGUAAGCAUAAAAAGUGUAAUCUCAGUUUCAGCUAUUGUAACAUUGGAGAUCAAUUAGAUAAACAUCCUCUGCCCCCUGCUGUGAAAACA